CUGUGGGGCGGGAGGUGGCGGCGGCGUUGGCGGCGGAUUGGUAAGAUGGCGGCGCUGCAGGAAGGGGGCAGGUAUGGCGUGUCCUGCGGCAGAGUCACCCAGGACAACAUCACGGUGCUACAUGUCAAGCUGACCGAGACCGCCUUCCGAGCGCUGGAGAGCUACCAGGGGAGCAAGAAUCUGGUUCCUUCUCGACCUUCCAUCCAAUUUCAAGGACUCCAAGGGCUUGUCAAGAUUCCCAAAACUGAUCUCCCAAAUGAAGUGCAUACCUUUAAUUUCUAUUUGUCAAAUGUUGGCAAAGAUAAUCCUCAGGGAAGCUUUGACUGCGUCCAGCAAACUGUUUCAAGUACCGGAUCUUCCCAGCUCAAUUGCUUGGGGUUUAUACAGGACAAAAUUACAGUAUGUGCAACAAAUGAUUCUUACCAAAUGACUAGAGAACGUAUGACCCAAGCAGAAGAGGAGUCUCGCAAUCGAAGUACAAAGGUCAUAAAACCUGGUGGACCAUAUGUAGGUAAAAGAGUACAAAUUCGGAAAGCGCCACAAAGUAUUCCAGAUGCAGUGCCUGAGAGGAAAAGGUCCACUCCCAUCAACCCAGCAAGUACAAUACGCAAGAUGCAUACAAACAACAGUAUUUCUCAGCGGCCAUAUAGGGACAGAGUGAUUCACUUAUUGGCACUGAAAACCUAUAAAAAACCGGAGCUUCUUGCUCGCUUACUCAAAGAUGGUGUUAGUCAAAAAGACAGGAAUUCCCUUGCAAUUAUUCUUCAGCAGGUAGCCAAUUUGAAUCCAAAGGACAACUCUUAUACACUGAAAGAAUAUGUUUAUAAGGAAGUUCAGAAAGACUGGCCUGGGUACAAUGAAAUAGAUAAACAGUCACUGGAAUUAAUACUCUCCCGGAAACUAAAUUCAUCUCAGAAUGUCACCAGCACCGGUCACUUGGAAUCUCCUCUGGGUUCUCAAAAAGAUGCUGCAUCUGCUUCUCCUUCCCAGAAACGGCUUUUGGAUUCUGAUUUUAUUGAUCCUUUAAUGAGCAAAAAACCAAGGAUAUCUCAUCUUACCAAUAGAGUUCAACCAACACUAAAUGGUCACUUGACUGCUUCUGGUGAAAAGAAUGCUGAAGCUUCUCAGCCUCCCCCUCCCCCUGCAGUUGCUGCAACACCAGCUGCUCUGCCACUUCCUCCAACUUGCCUUCCUGUUUCAAAUCCUCCUCGGACUGUGAAUUCUAACUCCAAUUCCCCGAGCACUCCUGAAGGCCGGGGGACUCAAGACCUGCCUGUUGACACUUUGAGUCAGAAUGGCAGCAUUUAUGGGGACCAGCAUCAGAAAUACACUUCUAGGACUCCGCUGGAAAUCCCAGCACCUGCUGAAGAUCUGUCAGUGUGCCCAAAGUCUAUGGAUGAGAAACAUUCAGCGUUGCACAAAAAAUCCAAGAAGAAGUCAAAGAAGCAUAAGGAGAAGGACCAAAUCAAAGACCACAACACUGGGAAUGCUGCAGAGAAGGAGAGAGACCGUGAAAAGAAGGAAAUUGUCAAACUGAAGAACUCCAGCCUGAAAUUGAUUGAAGGUGUUGAAGAGACUUGCACUUCCACCGCAGAUCCUUUGUCAACAAGUGAACUACCGGACUACUUUGUGAAAUACAUAGGUAUUAUCUCUUAUGAACAACGACAAAGUUACAAGGAUGACUUCAACGCAGAAUAUGAUGAAUAUAGAACCUUGCAUGCAAGGAUGGAGAGUGUUACUAGAAAGUUUAUGAAACUAGAUGCAAAGCGUAAACUGCUUUCUCCAGGAUCAAAAGAAUAUCAGAUCCUUCAUGACGAAGUUUUACAAGAAUAUCGGAAGAUCAAACAGUCUAGUCCUAACUACCAUGAAGAAAAGUACAGAUGUGAAUAUCUCCACAACAAGCUGGCUCACAUUAAGAGACUUAUAGGGGAAUUUGACCAACGGCACGCAGAGUCAUGGCACUAGGGCUCUGGACCAGAAGAUGUGAAUAAACUAAAGAUUAUUUAUUUAAAAUUCCAUAAGACUUGCUCUAAGGUUUAAAAACAAAGUGAAAUCUCUAAUGCGGGAGUUUCAGCAUUAGCAGGCUGAGUUGCUGUUUUUCUUGAUGGUGAGGAUGUUGCUUCCCUGCAUAGUUGAAGCUGCUUUUUCCCUGGUCCCUUUUUAUCCUUAACAUUUACUCAUUUAUCCAUGGAAAUCAUUUUACCAUUGGGUACUGGGGAUCCAGUCUCUGUAGUUCUGAGGUUCUGCUAAUAUAUAUUAGCAGAAGCAGAUGCUUAUGGAUGAAUUACAAGCCUGUUUUUUCCUGACUUUUUCUUGUUAAUGCAAAAACGAUUUGCCUUAAAUGGUAGAAAGUUUAAAAAUUUGCACAAUAAAGUAAACGUUGUUUCUGGAGGGUUCAGAGGUGUGAAUGAAUAUGUGCACAUGCACACACCUAUCAACAAGGGUAACUUAUUUCUGUGAUUUGAACCCCCACUGCAAUGAUUGCCUUACAUUGUUUGCUUAUGUAUCUGAAUUGUACUUAAUCCAUUUCUCCAUAAACACUGCUUCCCAGUACAUUAAAAUGGGAAGCACUACUGUGUCUGAAAUACGUGUGUGUGUGUGUGUGUGUGUGUGUGUCUGCGUGUGUGCAUGAGAGAGAGAGAGGAGGGGGUUGUGUGCAUACACAGUUGGGGGGUAAAUCUGCUAUAUAGGCCAAAUGUUCAGGUUGACAACUGAUAAGUGUUAAUGCAGGGUUUUUUCCAAUAAAACUGCUGCAUCUGUUCUGGAAGACAAAUAUUUCCAUUUCAACGAUUUGUCAGCUUUCUUAUCCAGGAAAAAUUGAUACUUUACAAAAAAAUAUAUUCUAUAGUUUUGGGGCAAAAUUAUAAAAUUAACAUGUAGGUGACCUAUUUAUAUACUGCUAUAAAAGUAUUUUUGAAGAGAAUAUGCAAUGAAGCUAUUGCCUACAUGAAAUGUAUAUUUAAAGAUUUUUCUUCCUGUGUGUCAGGAAUAUAACAAAGAUGUAUUUAACUAUAAAAUACUGUGAUCAUCAAACAGCACAAACUUUCAUUUCAUGCAGUUAAUUGGUUUAAUUUAAGUUAAACCGUCACUUUAUCAUGUGGGAACAUAAGUUAUUUGGUCACAAAAUUGACUUAUACUUGUCUUUUCUUUUGUCUUAAUAUAUUUCUUUCAAAAGUGCUGCCAAUUGAAAAGGGAAGCAUUAUGUUUACAAGUCUGAUUUUAUUUUAUUUUUUGGAAUGUUUGCCAAAAUUUUGGUAGUAUCUUUAAUAAACUUGUCUCCAGCAUCAA